ACGUUUUCAUUUUGUUUUGCUUUUUUGUGCUCGUUAGCUGUCAUUUGGUUUUCUUCUCAUUCCUUGCAAUUUUCCCCAAUUUAAUUCAGAACUUUGUGCAAAUAUGCCCACAGAAAUUGAAAAUAUAAACCCAAAUGUUUAUGGGAAACGUAAGGAACGUGAAGUGACCGCAAAUGAAGAGGAUGAAAACGUGCCGGACCCCAUCGAUUCGCGUGAAAUAUUUGACCUCGUUCGUAACAUCAACGACCCAGAGCAUCCACUCACAUUGGAAGAGCUGCAUGUAGUGCAAGAAGAUUUGAUUCGAGUAAACGAUGAGAAAAAUGAGGUAACUAUUAAAUUUACGCCCACGAUUCCUCACUGUUCGAUGGCUACACUCAUUGGGUUGUCCAUACGCGUAAAACUGCUCCGCUCGUUGCCACCACGUUUCAAAGUGAAUGUAGAGAUUACGCCUGGAACGCAUGCAUCAGAAAAUGCUGUUAAUAAGCAACUUGCAGACAAGGAGCGUGUUGCAGCCGCGCUGGAGAAUAAGCAUCUAGCUGAGGUCAUUAAUCAAUGCAUCUCUUUUAAAGCUUGAAGGCGUGCGACGAUUUGUCGCAAUCUUCUUUUCUUUAUUAAAAUUUACAUUUCAAGCGUUCAACUGGUAAAACUAAACUAUAACAACUAAUAGCACACUAACUUAAGCCUUUUUCGCGUGCACCGUGGACGUACUCGUACUUGUGUUUCCCGUCGCAGGCUGUGGUUUGGUAGGAUCAUAUUUGAAUGUCUUCACUAAGGGACCCUUGCCGGCUUUGGCAAAACGGAUUUCAUCCAGACGCUGACGCUCUUCAAUUUCUUUUGUUAUUUUCAUAUUUUCCCAUGCUAAAAUGAAAAUAAAGUGGAUAUCUGCA